GCUCGGCCACACAAGCACUAACCUGCAGAGGAGCUGGAGUGUUGGUCAGAGAGAGCGAUACAAGUAUCAGAAGACUGCACUUGUCCUUCCUUGGCCGUUCUUCCUUCACUGAUAAGUUAUGGCCAGAAACUUACUGAAGAACCCCAGUGGGGAAGAGCAGCUGGAGUUCUGGGAGCUGACGGAAAAUGGUGGGAGUCAGUGGAAGGUGGAGGACAUGUCGGGAGACUGCGGUUAUGACUUCUGCAGCGACGGAGUGACUAAAUACUUUGCAACUUCCUUUGAGCUGUGUCUGAAGAGACAAGUGAUCGACCUGCUGGCCGAGGGAUUCUCGUCUGAACAGCUGGACUCUCAGCCCGUCGUCACAGUGGAGGACUGGUACAGUGGGAGGACGGACUGUGGCUGCACCUACCAGAUCAACGUGUGUCUGCUGGACGAGGACCACGAGCCCUUAGACGAGUUCAAACCGGAGUGUGUGACGCUGGACCCAGACUGUGACGACUGCUCGUGGAAACAGGUCAGCCACACAUUUAGUGGCUACGGCCCUGGACUGCGUUUCAUCUACUUUGAACACGGAGGGAAAGACACCAAGUGGUGGGACGGCUGGUUUGGAGUCCGGGUCACUGGGAGCUCUGUUACCAUCGAGGUCUGAAUAAAUAAGAAAAGAAACCAAAUAAUACUGAAACGUGGAGAAGAAGAGGAGAGUAAUAUAACAAGACCUGACUUACUUCUGUAUAUGUUGCCUUUUGCUGCAUUUAAGGCUGUGGAGCUGCUUUGCUGCUGCUGCUGCUGUGAGGAUUUUAGUAACACAACAACGCCACAAAAACACUGUCGCUGUGUUUCUUUUUUUAACCAGUCCUCAAGAUUUCUGCUUGCUGCACAGACGUUAAUCAUAAUCUGUUAACUACUACCUCGGCACCGUGACGCAUCAUGAGGUUAAACUAAGUGUCACUUUUUAGUGGAAGGGGUGUUGGACAAUAAAGUGCUUUUUAUCAUUCAAGUGGGGACUCACGUUGAUGCAAUAAAGUAAACUGUUACUCUAG